CUUCUUUUACAUUUGGCUUAUUUUGGUUAUCACCAUAUAAGAUAUUGUCUGGUUUGUUUUUGUGAAACUCAAGAACCCAAAAAGGGAAUACAGAAAGUCAUAAUUGGAAAAAUUCUUGGGAUUGCAGUUACAGUCUGCAAAAGUUGUUCUCUUUCCUAGUUUCUUGCUAGAAGCCAAUUCUGUGGUAUCUGAUCACACACCAGCUGUUCGAGGAUAGUACUCUUUCUUUUUCUUAUGUGAAAAGAAGGAUUUUACAAAUUGGGGCCCUGUAAUUCUUGCCAAAAAGGAAAAUUUUUAUCUCUUGCUGCAGAAAUAGAACUAUAUAUGUAUGUGGAAACUAGCCUGCUACAUUGACCUGUAGUUAUCAGAGUUAAUAUAACCAUGAAUUGUGGUCUGGACCAAACUUCUGAGUGUGAUGGACAAUGACAAAGGAUACAAAUUUCCUUGUGUUUUUCUAAGAAUUGUAAUGAAUUUUUAUGUGAGGAUAUGCUAAGGACUAAGGACCUCAGAAAGUUAUUGGAUUCUAUCUUUUGUAGCUUCAGAUUUUGACUUUGCAGUGUUGUGGUGUUUAGUGGAGUUGAGAGUAAUAAAUGAUGGAGCUUUUAUGAAGAGAAGGAGUAGUUGAUUGUGGUGGUUGAGAGAAUUUGAGUCUUUAGUUGUUGAAAGUAGAAAAAAGGGGGAAAAAAAUAAAAAAGAAGAGAGAGGUGAAUAUGGCUGCAAAGUUGCUGCAUUCUUUAGCAGAUGAAAACCCAGAUUUGCAGAAGCAAAUUGGAUGCAUGACUGGGAUUUUCCAACUGUUUGAUCGUCACCAGAUAGUUACCCCUCGCCGCAUUAGCCACAAGAGGCUUCCUCCUGGUAAUUCCCACUCCAAUUAUGAGAGCUUGAGAAGAGAUUCUAAUAGCAUACACCAACGGCAAACAGCUGCUGAUAUGAACUUAAACAAGGGUGUAAGUGAAAAACAAAGAAUUUCAACAGAAUCAUCAAGGGCCUCAUUCUCUUCAUCAUGUUCAUCGUCAAUAUCCUCUAUGGACUGUAAAGCUCAAGCAGAUGCUUCCUUCGACCGAAUUACUUUUCCUGAAACUCCUAGAAGGGACCAAGUUAUGAACCAAACAAGUACCUCUACAAAUUUGGGUCACCAGUCCCUUGACCUGAGGGAUGUGGUAAAAGACUCUAUGUACAGAGAGGCCAGAGGACUAUCAGUGAAGACUACAAUCAAAGAAGAAGUUUCCAUUCGUGCAUCGAAGCAGAAAGAUUCACCGAGACCUCUUCAUCUGUCCAUUUCUGAUUAUGAAUAUGAUAGAGUUGGAAUUGAUGGAAAACAAAGUGUGCCUAUUGAUCUAAAGGAGUCUAUCCGAGUCCUUUCUAAGCUUACAGAAGCCCCUUGGCACUAUGAUGAAGGUAGAGAGCUUCGGAGGUUGCCUUAUGAAGUAAAAGAUGGACAAUGGCAUUCGAUCUCAAAGGAUGCUCGUCGGUUUUCUUAUGAUGCAAGGGAAGUACAUCGAUACUCUUCUGAAUCACAAGAUACCAUCAAAUCCACACCAAGACUAAAAGAGCUUCCUAGACUUUCCCUUGACAGCAGGGAAGUUUCUUGGCGUACUUAUACCUCUGAUUCAAAAUCCAAUCAUCUCUUAAGAAAUUUCAGUAGUGGUACUUCCGACUCAGAUGACAAAGUCUCAAGUCUGCAACAACGGCCUUCAGCAGCAUCACAGAGCAGGCCACCGAGUGUUGUAGCAAAAUUAAUGGGGUUGGAAGCAUUGCCAGCGUCCAAUUUAGCCAGUGAGACUCACUCAAUUUUGAGUGAAACUGACCCAACUCAAGGUGAUGAUCAGUUUUCAAGAUCAUCAAAAAAUGGACUCAUUAGGCCAUUCAAAGUUUCUAAUUCUUCGAAAAGCUCAAUGAAAGACCCGAGUUCCCCAAGCAGGAAGAACCCGGAUUUGGUUGUGAAACCUAUCUCAAGUUCAAGGCAUCCCAUUGAACCUGCACCAUGGAAGCGGCGAGAUAGAAAUCAAAGUUCACCAAGACCAAGUUCCGGGGCCAUGAAGGCUACAAGUAUAACAGAUUCAUUCCCUUCAGUUUACAGUGAAGUUGAGAAGAGAUUGAAGAAUCUUGAAUUUGAUCAGUCUGGAAGGGAUCUUAGAGCGCUCAAACAGAUACUAGAAGCAAUGCAAGCAAAGGGGCUGCUAGAGACAAGACAAGAAGAACAAGCUUCAAAUCUUGUAGGAAAUCAAAGAGACCAUGAACCAAAACCUGCGAGUCUAACUCAGAAUUCUAGGACAGCAAGGAAACAAAGUCCUCACAGAAACAACAUUGCAUCUUCAACUUUCGGUGGAUCUGACUCAGCAAGGAGCUUUGAAUCUCCAAUUGUAAUAAUGAAACCGGCAAAGCACAUUGAGAAAAAUGGAAUUUCAUCAUCUUCAGUUAUUCCACUUGUUGAGCUUUCUGAUUCACAUAAACUCCAGAGUGUGAGGAUGAAGGUACGUACAGGUAAUGGAAAGGGUACAGGUUCUGGUCGAAUAACAAAAGAUCAGUCUCCUAGAAACAAUCACAGGGAAGCUUCUACUAGCUUCAGUGAAAAGAAAGCUAGUAGCAAGACUAUAAGAUCAACACAAUCACAACCAAGAUCUCAGCAGUUUACAAAAGAAAAUAGCCCAAGCUCUGUAAAGAACUCAGGAUCUGUUAGCCCAAGAUUGCAACAAAAGAAGUUAGAACUUGAGAAGUGUUCUCGCCCACCAACACCUCCAUCAGAGUCAAGUAAACCAAGACGACAAUCUGGUAAGCAGACCACAGAAUCAGGUUCUCCGGGUAGAAAACCGAGGCAUAAAGUCCCUAUUUCACAACAAAGUGAUGACCAACUUAGUGAAAUAAGCAAUGAAUCAAGAAGUUUGAGUUUCCAAGGGGAUGAGACAUCACUACAAUCAGGAAGUACCAUAAUUGAGUCAAAGAUGGAUGUGGAAUUAGCCAGCAAUUUACAAUCUGCUGAAACUGUCGGAAGCCAAGGCCCAUCUCUUAAGGCUAUUGAGCAGGUGGUUUCAGGAACAAUACAGAAGAAAUCAACUCUGAUGUUGGAUGAGAAUGAGCCUAUUUCAGAACUUGCAAUGGAUGCUCCAGAUCAUCCGAGCCCUGUAUCGGUUCUGGACGGCUCAGUAUACAGAGAGGAUGUGCUAUCCCCAGUCAAGCUUAUAUCCAAUGCUCCGAAAGGUGAUGUUCAAUCUAAAGAAUACGAUUAUGAAUAUCAGUGGAACACUGCAGAUGAUAGCCUUUCAGUUAACAGCGAGAUCAACCGCAAGAAAUUGCAAAGCAUAGAUCACCUGGUUCAGAAGCUUAGACGGCUAAACUCGAGUCACGACGAGGCUAGAAUCGAUUACAUUGGUUCCCUUUGCGAAAACUCGAACCCAGACCACAGAUACAUAUCAGAAAUACUAUUGGCUUCAGGUCUCCUGCUCAGAGAUCUGAGUUCAGAAUUGCUGACAUUUCAACGCCACUCGUCGGGUCAUCCCAUUAACCCCGAGUUGUUCCUUGUAUUGGAGCAGACCAAGACAAGUAGCUUUCUUGCUAAAGAAGAAAUCGGCAUUGAAAAAGUUGAUUACAAGAAGACAAACACAGACAAGUCUCACAGGAGAUUCAUCUUUGAUGCUGUGAAUGAGAUUCUUGGCAUGAAACUAGCUUCUUCUCCUGAACCAUGGUUGAAGCCUAAUGGACUCGCAAAGAAGAACCUCAGUGCACAGAAACUUCUAAAAGAACUGUGCUUUGAGAUAGAAAAAAUUCAAGUGAAGAAGCCCGAAUGCACAGAAGAUGAAGGUGAUGGUAUAAAAAGUAUACUAUGUGAAAAUGUUAUGAAUGGAACAGAAAGUUGGACAAUUUUCCAUGGUGAAACAUCUGGGGUUGUGUUGGAUGUUGAGAGACUGAUAUUUAAGGACUUAAUUGAUGAGAUUGUGAUUGGUGAAGCAACGGGCUUGAGAAUCAAGCCAGGUAGACGCAGGAAGCUAUUUGGAAAGUAAUAUAUUUUCAUUCCAUUUCUCACAUUUUAACUAAUCUUGAACUAUGUUUUCACAGUCAUUACAUAUAAUAACAAUAAUAAUCAUCGUUAGCUUUGAUUACUUUUGCUAAGUUGUAAAGAAAACAACUUAUCAUGGAUUUACAGCAAUAUGCAUAUUCUGGAAAUUUCUUGUGGAAA